GCCGAUAAGGCACUUCGGAUUCCUGCUGGCUGCUCGCGUAGAGUAAAAGGACCGACGUGAAAGCGCGCAGACAAUGUCAUACCUGAACAGCAAAUGCACAACGAUGAAAGCUACCAAUCGGAGCAAGCAGGAGUCUAAUGCUGCCACCAUUUCUAAAUGGUUCGGAGGCAUCGGGCUAUCCUGCCUGGCUCUCCUUGUCAUGGCAAUGCUGUCAAAGUACUCAAGUAAGCGGCAACCUGAUAUUGUGGUUUUUAUUGCCGACGAUUUGGGAUGGGACGACGUCAGUUUUCACGGGUCUUCCCAAAUCCCCACUCCAAACUUGGACGCAUUAGCGGCAGAUGGUAUAAUACUGAACAACUUCUACGCCCAGCCUUCUUGCAGUCCUUCAAGAGCAGCUUUCAUGACUGGGCGCUACCCGAUACGCACAGGCAUGCAGCACUAUCCAAUAGACUUGGGCGAGCCCUGGGGGCUGUCGAUGGACGAGCGAAUCCUGCCCGAGUACCUAAGGGAGCUCGGCUACGAAACACGCCUAGUUGGGAAGUGGCACCUUGGCUGCUACAAGAAAAGCAUGACGCCCACUUAUAGAGGUUUCGAUAGCUUCUACGGCUUCCACUACGGAGAGGAGGACUACUAUAGCCACAACGCAACAUUUGAAAACCAUACAGGUCUCGACUUCUGGUUGAACACGGAGCCAAGGUGGUCCGACUCUGGAAUAUAUUCCACAACACUCUACACAGAAAGAGCCCAGUAUCUCAUACGCAACAGAAAGAAGCCACUCUUUUUAGUAGUGAGCUACCAGGCAGCACAUGGGACGGCAGGUCCUGAGCUACUUCAAGCACCACCGGAGAACAUCGAGAAGUUUCCCUACAUCCAAGAUAAAAAAAGGAAGAUAUUUGCUGGCGUUGUAGAUGCAAUGGACCACUCCGUAGGACAAAUCUUCAAAACGAUGGGAGAAACCGGGAUGCUGGAAAACGUUGUCAUGCUCUUUACAAGUGACAACGGUGGAACUCCGUUCGGCUACCACUCGAGUCGAAGCUUCAACUGGCCUCUGCGUGGAGCAAAAUUUUCUCUUUGGGAAGGCUCCACCAGAGUGGCGGCUUUCGUCUGGAGUCCCCUGUUGGAGCGGACUCGAAGGGUGUCAAGCCAGCUGAUGCACCUCACGGACUGGUUCGCAACAUUCUACAAGAUCGCAGGUGGCGACGAAUCGAGCUUGGAGCUGGUGGACGGAUUGGACAUGUGGCAGUGCUUGUCCACGGGCUCGGAUUCCGUUCGCCAGGAGAUUCUGUACAACGUCGAUUUCCUGGACUCAACGAAGUCCUUUGUGGCAGCUAUCCGCGACUCGCGGUACAAGUUGGUACUCGACGCAGCGGGUGCUCAUGACAACCGCCACCGAACAAUAGGCGGUCAUCGUCCUAGCAGAGACCUCGAUGAACUGCUCGCGCGGUCAACCACUGCUGGCGUGCUGAAGGAUCUGUACAAGGUGGAUCGCCUAAACUUCCCUAAGGGCUGGAGACAGAGAGCGACAAUUUCGUGCGGUGGAGGACCAAGCAAAAGCUUCUCACCCAAUGAUACGGUGUUCCUGUUCGACAUCGUCCAGGAUCCGUGCGAGCUGAACAACGUGGCCGAAAAGCACCCGAAGAUCGUAGCCUCUCUGAGAAAACGCAUUGAUGCGUACCGAGCCGUAGUUGUACCAGCCCGAAACCAGCCUAAAGACCCUGCAAGCUUCCCAGAGUACCACAAAGGAAUAUGGGCGCCUUGGGUUGACUCCUCGUAACACUCACAAGGAUUGAACCACCUUUUGUGCUUAAAGUCGGCACUGUGACUUCAAGCACUGCUGCAAACGUCAGCAUGAUCAUAAUUAUUGUGACUACAGACGAGUGGGACCAUCUCCCCGGCAAAUUCAUAGUGAAAUAAAGUACUCUAAAACAGU